AUGCAUUGGGUUUUCUUGAUAUUGUGCGCCGGAUUGGGACGGCCUGUCCUUGGCCAACUUCUUCAACAAUUGCCUUCAAUCGAGGUGAAAAUCACAGAGAACCCGUUUCCAUUGAGUCCUCAACUCCAGCAAAUCUCGUGGACUGUGCUCGGCACAAAAUCGACUGAUGUCGUCUUUUGUGUGUCGAAUAAUCCAGUGAAUCAACUCCGUUUUGUUUGCGUCGAUUGCCUCCAGAGAAACAUCACCGAUAUGGUCUCCAUUCUCAGUCAGGCACAAGAUCUCAGCCGAGAUGCCGGUUUUCCGGUGAUCCAACUGAAGAACAUCCCAGUGAACACGAAUUGGACUGGUGCCACCGUUUUGUGCCAAGCCAACUACAAUGGUCAACCCGUCGACUCGUCGCCGGCUGUUGUUGAUGUGAAAUUUCUCCGACAACCGCAUGUCGUUGACUCAAACGGGCAAUCACCUGUGCAAUUGCAGAAUAAUGGAAACAGAUUCUACGUCGAAUGUCAAAAGGAUGAAAACGGAUUGUGUCAAGGAGCCGGACGGAGAAAGACGCUUCGUUGCAAUGUCCAGUCCAAUCCUCCAGCAUCCACCUAUAGAUGGCUGAAGAACGGGGUUGUCAUGAGCGGUGGUGGAGCGGAGAUCACGAUCGGCACCGAGAUGAUCGGCCACUCAAUUCAGUGCUCGGCGAACAACGGCCUGUACAUUGACAACGAAAUGCCCAUUAGUCAAGCCGUUCAAAUUGAGGCUUACUCUGCUGCACUUGUCUUCCAAGACAACUUUGGCAACUUGGAGAAGAGUGGAAACAUGCCUGGUGGAAGAGUUCAAAUUGAUCAACCGGUUAAUCUUCAAUGUGGAGUUCGCGGAAAUCCCCGACCGAUCGUUUAUUGGCGAUUGAGAAAGAUGAAUGGCCAAGUUGUUGAUGCCCCGUGUCCUCAAGGCUUUGAUGGUCAAUACCAAGAACUCGGACAACAAAAUCGACAAGGAGGACAACAAAUGAGCAAUGUUGUGACCUUGAAUGCAGUUUGCUCGUUUCGAGUCGCUAACUACUCGUUCGCUGGGCAAUACUGGUGCUCGGCUUGCUCACAUGUUUCCCAGGGUGCUCCAGAGUGUUCGCCUUCGUUAGACACUCCUGGUUCGUCGUCGCUCACUCUUCAAGUACAAGGACCGCCAAUGCAAUCCGAUGCACCACCAACUAUUGAACAGGCUCCUGGCAGCAACAACGCUGUGGUCACCGUCCAUUACUGUGCCGACCCAGCUCCCAAUCCACCCCGAGACAUCGUCUUCCAAGUUGAUCAACACGAUCUACAGGUUUCGCAAAGCUUCGAGAACUUCCGCUUCGACACGUUCAGUCAAAACAGCACCGUUGGAAAUUGCUACAUGGCUCGUUUGGGCAUCAACCGUGUCACCGAAGCCGAUCAAUACCGAACGAUUUUCCUCAAAGUUCAGAAUAUGAAAGGAGCAAGACAAAUCCCCGUUCCAUUGGAGUCGUUGUUGGGCGGAGGAUCGACGUCGAGUGGGAAAAUCUCGGGUGCUUGGAUCGCUUUCAUCGUGCUCUUGGCGCUGUGCGUUGUUUUGGCGGCGCUGAUCACGAUUUGUGUCAAGAAACAAAUGUUCUGCUUUAACAGAACGAAAGACGAAGAUGAUCUCUACACACACACCAAACCCAAAAACCUCGCGCCCAACAUGCACAACAGUUUCGACGAGCCUCGACUCUUCGCCCCGAGUCCCGCUGAGGUGCGAAAAUCUCCAAGUUUCCACGAGGGUUUAAAUUAUGCGGAGAUGAGGCUGACAGACUCGAUGGAGAGACCACCACUGCCAAUCGGGAGACGAUCAGCGAUGAGCUCUGUUGUC